AUGUAUCCAGGACGGCGUCCGGAGAGUUCCGUUGAGGCUGCAUGGCUACUGGGAAGUCUGGGCGACCCCAAUUACCAGCAAACGCCUUUCCACCAGCCUCCCCCGGAUCGUGGGGGCGUAGCUGCACAUGCGGAGACCAGUUUCAGUGCUCCUUUUCAGCCGCAUGUCAACUGCGAAGAGCCCACUUCUCGCGCCAAUUUGCGCUCUAGAGAUUCUUGGUCUCCGACGGUCGUGAAACAGGAAGGGAACGAUUCGUCAUACAGUUCCGUUCGGCCUUCUACUGCCAAUAUAAAUGCAAGCACGAAUGCGAACUCGUGGCACUUACCGCCUGAAGCGAGAGUAGAGCAUACAGAUAUACAAGAUGAGCAUCCGGAUCUACCAAGUUCCUCGACAGCCGAAAGGGAUAACGAUGCCAGCAUAGUCCCUGGACCUGAGCAGGUCGCUGCCAGGACACAGCCGGCUGCUUCCCAGUCCAAUGACGAGAGUCAGGAACUCGCCAACUUGCUUCCGCUGGGAGUCCUCGACGAGACUACCGCAUCUGCAAAAUACUCUGCUGAGAUGUCAUUGUUAGAAACACAUAGCUGGAUUCGCACUCGACCUAUCAAUGGCAAUCUUCGAAUUUACAUCAACCCGACUCUGACCCACCGCACCAAUAUGCAAAAAUCCGUCAAAAAGCUGCGAGAAAGCUUGAAGACUUUGAUGCCAAGAAUUGACAACUCGCCUGAGUCUUGGAACGGACAGCACAAAGCUUACUCUAAAAACUCCAAUGAUGAGGAAGAUGAAUCCCUGUGGUACAUUUUUAAUACCCUGCUAGACCCUAACCCACAGCCAGAAACCAUUAAAGAUAAAUGGUCACAGCAGGCAAUGUUUGAUCUCUUGUCCGAUGAUGAUUUUUCUGAAUUUGGCCUCAAAACUCGUCUUCAUCCGUAUCAGCGUCGGUCAGCGGCUACCAUCAUUCAACGGGAGGUACAACCAGCUCAGAUUCUUGAUCCUCGCCUCCAAGAUUGUCGCACCCCGACCGGACAGGAGUACUACUACGACAAAGAAGAUGCUUGCAUUACCCUCGAGAAGGUGUUAUACUCGGAAGCUUGUGGUGGCAUCCUUGCCGAGACCAUGGGUUGCGGAAAAACCUUCAUAUCUCUUGCUGUGAUCUGGGCCACCAGAGGCCACGUUCCCAAGAUACCGAUCAAAUACCUUCUGACGGAAGAAAGUGACCUCACUCCCAUUCGUGAAAGUACUGGAUCCCUGGUGGAAAUGGCAGCUGCUGCCGCGGGCCGGCAUUCUGCGCCAUGGAAAACCUUUUUCGAGGAGAAGAAACUCAACGGAGAAUUUCAUGAUAGUUGUAUCAAGGCGUGCAAGCGCAACUGCGGCUUCUACGAGAUACCCCCACACCAAACCAGAUACCAAGGCCGACGCAGCAUGUCCUACACUCGACCCCCGGCCAAGCGUGUUCGCUUGUGCACGGGGACACUAAUCAUCGUCCCUAAUAACUUGGUCGAUCAUUGGGAGCACGAGAUUCAACGGCAUACGGAAGGGCUGAAUGUGUUGAUUCUGAAACGAGGCCCUGAAAAGGAUAAGACCCCAUCCGCCGACGAACUUCUGGCUUACGACAUUAUUCUCUUUUCCAAAACGCGAUUUGAGAAAGAAGCCGGCGAGCCAAUUCAUAAUAGACGACAGCGGUAUGUGCAGAUGGAGUCGCCGCUCACGGAACUGCACUGGUUGCGAGUCAUCGUCGACGAAGGGCAUAAUGUGGCAGGCCAUGGCUCAAAGACAAAUAUGAUACAUCUUCUCGGUCAGAUGCACAUCGAGCGUCGAUGGGUGAUCUCGGGAACUCCGUCGACUGGACUUUAUGGCGUGGAGGUUAGCCUGGCGUCUCAAGAAGCGAUGACGAGUGAUACCGACUCUCCUGGAGAGGUCACGGCUGCUGCUCUCGAGGGUCGAAGGAAAACUGGAAAUGCGGCGGACAAUGAGUUGAAAGACCUCGAUCGACUGAAACGCAUUGUAACUGGGUUUUUGGAGGUGCAACCGUGGUCAAAUGCAAGGGACGAUGACCCAGCUGACUGGACCAAGUACAUGAAGCCAAUUGGCGCCGAUGGCAAACGUCGCAAGUCGCCGGCAAUCCGCGCAACACUACAGGGUCUAGUAGUGCGACAUCGCCUCGAAACUCUGAACCAAGAGAUUGCUUUACCGGAUCUCUAUAAUCGCGUCGUAUACCUCGAACCAACCUUCCACGACCGGCUUUCGAUCAAUUUGUUCCUUUUCGGUCUUGCGGUUAACGCCAUCACAUCUGAACGACAAGGACCGGAUUACAUGUUUGACCCCAAGAAUCGAAAACAUUUGAACCAAACCAUUACCAAUUUGCGGCAAGCUGGAUUCUGGUGGGCCGGCUCCGAGGUAAACCCGCAAGAUUCCAUCGACCACGCGCUGAAAUACAUGAACAAAAGUCGGGAGAAGAUGACCUCAGAAGAUAUCGACCAGUUGACCUACGGGAUUGAAAUCGCUCGAAUGGCAAUAGACUCGAGCAGCUGGAACGAAUUCAAGCAUCUCCACGAACUGGGAGUUUUCGUCAGCGAUUUCCCCGAGGAGAAUCGCGCUCAUUGGGCAUUGGAUCGAAACCCGGACAGAGAACCAUUCUUAAUGGGAAUUACGCAGGCUCGUCGUGCUCAGCAAUUCGUCACCCAGAACCUGCGAUUACAAGAUCCAACACAGGGUCUUUCUGGUGCCGGUAUCAAGGUCCGUGGAGAACUAGAACGGCGAGAUCAAAAGGCCCCGGCCAAGGGCGCCCCGGAAUCCGCCAGCGCAUCCACACCUUCCACUGCCAGCCCGGGGCAUCUAAAACACAGCCCAAAGUCCCAAAAUCACAAGUCGCCGAAGAAAUCAUUCAAGAAAAACCUCUUCCGGAAGCUAUCAGCUAGCUCCUCCCCUCAUGAAAACGCAAUUCAAGAGAAAAUCAUCAUCUUCUACGACAACAGCAACUCUGCCUACUGGAUCGCCGAAGGCCUCGAGCUUCUGGGAAUCGAGUUCCGUAUUUAUGCCAGCACUCUCAAGCCCGAACUCCGAACUCAGUACCUUGAGCUUUUCCGUGAAUCUAGCGAAAUCCGUGUCUUGCUCAUGGAUCUCCGGCAAGCCUCUCACGGUCUUCACAUCGCCCAAGCCUCACGUGUCUAUAUCACCAACCCGAUUUGGCAGCCGAAUAUCGAAAGUCAAGCGAUCAAACGUUCCCAUCGAAUCGGGCAGACAAGACCCGUCUAUGUGGAGACUCUGGUAUUACAAGAUACGCUCGAAGACCGCAUGCUCCGCCGACGAAAGGAGAUGUCCGAAGCAGAGAUGCAGCAUGCAGAACGGAGCCUGCUGGAUGACACUGCCAUGAAUGAUAUCAUCCAGAAAGAAAAGUUUUUGCCUAUGGUUGAUAAAGAUGGGAACCUUUUUGAUGAGGCGCGGUAUCUGCAGCAACCGACCACAUUCUUUGAUCAGCAUCCCUUGCCUAUUCCGGAUGAUGAGGAGGUUGGGCGACACAAUGUGGCCAAGCGUGGUCUUUUCGGUAUUGAGUCAGAUGCUGAUGAUGCCGAUACGCCUGGGCCUACCGGAAGUCCCACGCCCAAGAGACCGAGGAUUGGAUUUGCUGCUAAUGUGCAGGUCAUUGAACCUGAAGCUGAGCUGGAGCAAGAAGAUACCGCGGAUGCAAAGUCUGCACCUGAAAUUCUAUUAAAUGGGGGUGGCGACUCCCCGGUGCCCCGACGAAAGUCGUUAUUUGGAGGAGACGACCUGUAA